AUGUUUCGAGCUCGUCGAUAUCGAGUUCUGAUCAUCUUCGCUGCGGCGAUCCUCCUAACCUUCAUCCACUUCGCCCGUUCACGCGACUGGAGCGACUCGUCAAUUGAACAGCCUGUCGGCAUCCAUCCCCCCGAUCCUGCCGCUGCCUUCCCAGACCAAGACCAAUUCAAAGCCCCGAAACCCGACAACCCAGCCGCCGCUGCCGCCAUCGAGGAGAGCGACAAAUAUGUCAUCCCGGAACCUAACCGCGGCUCCUCCGACUCAAAGAUAGGGUCUCCUGUCGGUCCCAGCAGCGGAUUAAAGGAUGCCACCAAAGAAAAAGUGGCUGCGCCAGCCGACGCCCCCAGCAAGGAGGGUUCGAAGGACCCCGCGCCGGUGGGUGGUGCUGGUAGAUUGCCGCCCCCAACAACAGAAGAUUCCCUCGGCAUUCAGGAGGAGUUGGACAACGGAGGUGCUGGAAGACACUCAGUCGAGCGCCCUGCUAUCGGAACUCGUUGGAAGAAAUUCCCUGAGCAGUUCCCCAUCUCAGCGAGUGAAACAAUCAAGCUACCCAAGGAGCGGUCGAAGAUUCCCAAGCUCCAGGCUAAAUUUAAAGACGAGUCCAGCUACAAUAAGCAGGAGCGUUUGCAGCGACUGAGCACCAUCAAGGCUGAGUUCAAGCAUGCUUGGCAGGGGUACAAGACGACCGCCAUGGGGCAUGAUGAAAUCAAGCCCUUGUCGAAGCAGGUCGAAGACCCGUUCAAUGGUUGGGGUGCGACGUUGGUUGAUUCUCUUGAUACGCUUUGGAUCAUGGAGUUGAAGGAAGAGUUCACUGAGGCUGUAGAUGCCAUCAAGAAAAUCGAUUUCAAGACUUCGUCCAGGGGUGAUAUCCCGGUCUUUGAGACUACCAUUCGUUAUCUUGGUGGACUUCUCGGUGCUUAUGAUAUCUCUGGUCAUCGUUAUGCAAUUCUCUUGGAAAAGGCCGAGGAGCUCGCUGAGAUUCUCAUUGGUGCCUUUGAUACCCCGAAUCGCAUGCCACAACUUUACUACAAAUGGGCCCCAGAAUUUGUUGCAAAACGUCAUCGGGCCUCUGGCCGAGCUGGUCUGGCUGAAAUCGGAUCGCUUUCUUUGGAAUUCACUCGAUUGGCUCAAUUGACCCAACAGGAUAAGUACUAUGAUGCAAUUGCACGGAUCACAAAUGAAUUGGAGAAGAUCCAAGAUAAAAGCACCAUUCCAGGACUGUGGCCUCUUCGUGUCAAUGCGCAGGGAUGUACUAAAUAUAACCAGCGCAGUAGCAGCCCUACGCGCGAGGAGCAUCCUGCUUCAACGAAGAAGAGCUCUGCGACAAAAACCCGCAGACCCUAUGUUGCGCCGACAGAUAUUGAGAGCUACAAGAAGUUGAUCUCGCGUGAUAUUGAGAUUGAUUCCGAGGAACCCGUUCAACUUGCCAAUGGUACUUCUGCUGCCAAUUUGCCCAUUGAGGCGCGUCAGCAACAGUCCAAUCUUGCAAAUCAAUGCAAUGGUGGCCUGGAAUUCCCCAUUUCAUCCCGUGAAAACAAGUUCACCAUGGGAGCAAUGGCAGACUCAACCUACGAGUACCUGCCCAAGGAGUACCUACUGUUAGGUGGCCUGGAACAGUACAAGACAAUGUACACCAAAGCGGCUGCUGCAACCCGCAAACAUCUCAUAUUCCAACCUAUGGUCCAAGGCAAAUGGGAUAUUCGGUUCACAGCUUCUAUUUCACCGGUACCUGGAAAGGCUACCGAUAUUACGGAUCUUGAAUAUGAAGGCACCCAUCUCACUUGUUUCGUCGGUGGAAUGUUCGCCCUGGGAGCCAAGGCAUUUGGAAUCGAGGGUGAUUUGGAGCUUGCAGCCAAGCUCACUGACGGAUGUGUAUGGGCUUACGAGGCCACACAGACUGGAAUCAUGCCAGAAAGAUUCCGUCUUCUAUCCUGUCAAAAGGGAUCGGCAUGUGAGUGGGACCAGGCCACUUUUGAUGCCGGUGUGGCACGUUAUUCGCCUCUUGAUUAUGCCGCAAAACCCCAGUAUCGCAAUGGAGAGAGCACCUAUUCUGAGCGCAUCAAGAUGGGCAUGCUGGAAGACUCACGAGAUCCUACUGGCAAGACCAUUCCCAUGGCCAUGCCCGGCUCGUUGAAUCCUCACGACAGCGGAGUUAUUGAGAAGCGCGGUAAUCAAUACUCAUCCUCGGCUUCAGCUGUCUCUUCUAGCUCAAGCCCGACUCCAUCUCCCGAAGUAGCUGGCUUGGAGAAUCGAGACGCGCCUCGUUCGUCUCCCUCGCCUGAUUCACCCCAGGCGUCCGUUGGCAAGGAUCAUCUCCCUGCUGGCAUGAUCAGUAUUCCGUCGCCCAAAUACAUUCUUCGGCCUGAGGCGAUCGAGUCUGUCUUCAUUAUGUACCGACUGACUGGCGACGAGUCCUGGCGCAAGAAGGGAUGGCAGAUGUUCGAGGCCAUCAUCAAACACACGCGGACGGAUCACGCCCACGCAGGCAUCCACGAUGUCACCGCCCAAAAGCCCACCCAGAUGGACACCAUGGAGUCUUUCUGGCUCGCAGAGACGCUGAAGUACUUUUAUCUGCUCUUCAGCGAUACGAGCGUGGUGGAUUUGGACAAAUAUGUCCUGAAUACCGAAGCGCACCCGUUCCUGCGCCCUUCAUAA